AUGGGUCGCAAACCCAACCAACUCAUCCUCGAGUUCUUCCACCGGGGUCCUAAGCUGGAAGACGCGAGCAAUCGCUACCAACAUACGUGCAAAGCCUGCGGUGAAGUAUUUCCCAAGGGUCGCAUUGACAGCCUCACCAACCAUCUGGUGAAAAAAUGCCAGGCGAUUCCCCUACGCGACCGCCAACGCGUGUUGUUGCGACUCCACGAACUCCCCGACUUGACCGACGGUGACUCGAACAAAGAUUCUCCUUCUGGAAGUAAAGGCAAGUCUGCCGAUGGUGGAUUUCCCAAUCGACAGAAUUUCGACGGUCUCAACGUGUUGGCCGAAGCCUCGCGACAGGUGGGCGCCUCGGACGUGACCAAGCGCGGACCUGGAUACACUCAGUCUGUGACAGCUGGAGGCAAGACCGUGAUUGUUGACCCUGCUCUUGAAACGGAGGGAUUCCAGGGACACUCGCAAUCUGACUCCAAGAUGGAGGGUACAGUAAAUGCCGAGGGAACUCCCCAAUCGUCCAACGCUCCUAGUAUUCCUGCCCUUCCAAGUCACACCCCGGGCGAGCAUCCUGCAUCCAUGUCUCCGCCCCUCGGCGAUGCGUCCAUGUCGCCUGAAUCUACCUCUAAUGCGCGCCAGUCACAACUGUCGAUGAUUGCGGCCUCCGCCAAUGAGAUGGUCCCUCAAGGAAUGUCAAUCGACAGUGACAACCUUAGCUCUGAUAUGAAGCUGGGCCAAUGGAAUCAGCAGCUGUCCACACAUGAGCAACUUCUUUUCGACAGCUUGCAAGAACAUGAUCCCUCGUUGACUGCUGCCACCCAGCGUGCGGCAUCUUACCCUCGCCCUAUUGCGAUGAACCCAAAUACCCAGGCAAAAGGGUUUGUGAACGAGUUUGGUAACUCAACUAAGCCUAUGAAGCCUAAGGUUCGGGGACGUUUCACGGCAGAGCGACGCCGCGAAGUUCAAGAUGUGCGGAAGAAGGGUGCAUGCCUUCGUUGCCGAAUGCUCAAGAAACCUUGCUCUGGCGAUACCCCUUGCACAACUUGCGCUAGCGUGGAGAGUGCUCGUCUAUGGAAGCACCCGUGCCUGCGCACCCGCCUUUCUGAUGAGUUUGAACUCUACAAUGCGAAUCUCAACUCUACACUUGCCUACCAUGACACUAACAGCAUUAAAAACCAAAUCAAGUUUGAGCACUACUCUGGUCGCAUUGAAGUUACUCACUUCGAGGAGAGCAAUUCGUUCAUGACUUUCAGUGGACUGCAGGGUCAUCGCUCUUCAGUGUCUGCACUUGACCCCCAGUUGCAAGCCCUUGGAGAUGACCAAUUCUCUGGUCCCUCGCAAGAAGUCUACCUCCUGGACGCGGACUCGGAUGACAUCCCAAGCAAGUUGGAAAUGUACAUUAAGAAGAACGCUUCUUACUUCUACGAGCGAGAGACCUCGCCUUUCAUGAAGCCCACUUUGCUUCUUGCUGCUGAACUCAGCCAGGGAAAGAAGGAUAUCCUUCUGGAACGUGUGUUGGAGCUGUGGGUCGCGACCCAUAUUCUCGUCGACACGGAGCUCACCUGGAAGACUUACUACAACCCUACUCUGCCCCCGAACUCGUUGCACUCUCUUUCUCAGCCAUCGGAUGAGGGCCGUCUGCCCAUCGAGGAGGUGUCUGACCCAGAAUCAUAUGGACUUCUCUGCAGUCAGUUGCGUGCCGCUAUGGAGAAGCGUGCCUCGCAGCUGAGCAAGUUUGUCAUCAAUGAUUUGGAACGUCGACUCCUUCAGCGCCAGAAGUGUGGCUGGUUUGAUACUUUCAUUGUUGCUAUUAUCCUCCUGAACUGCGUGGAGCGCACCUGCUGGCUGUUCCGUUCAUGGGACAACGAGAACUUCUCUCAGCGCUGGCCCCUUGACAAGCGUCCUCCUUACUACUUCAACCAGUCUGACCGCUUCGCCGACAUCCUGGAGAUGCUCUUGCGCAUGCGCCAUAUCCCUCCCAAGGCCACUUUCCGCCCGGACAACGGUAUUCUGAAGGCAGUUGACGGUAGCGACGAGCACGCCGUCCGCUGGUUUGAUAUGAUUCAACUGACCCCCUACUUCAUCGAAGAGCGCAAGAACGCCGUCUUCGACCCAUCCGACUCGCGCUCCCUGGAUUGCCACCACAGUGCCAAUCUCCUUGAGCCUAACAAUGCCACUUAG